AAUCAAAUUGGGGAAAAAGUGCUGGAGAGAAAAAACCCAGGAAACAAACGGUGUCGUUUCGACAUUGCAGCUAGCUCCAUUGUCAUAUAGCACGAAACAAAAAGCGAGCACCACCACCACCGCCACAAAGCUUCCGUUUCAAACCAAAACUUUUUACUUUUCGAUUUUGGUUUCACUCUCGAUUCACCAUUUAUGUAAAAUUGCUUGAUCCACUCCCUCUCAUUUUGCUCAUUCCAUUUUACAAUGAAGAGAAAGAAGAGGAGGGAGUAGGAUUUGAGGAAUAAAUUUAUACACAGUGGUGAUUCGGCUGCGUGUGUAUGUGAUCGGCGAUGACGAAGAAGGGAUAUGCGUCGUUGAAACCGGGGCUGUCGAUGCGCCACGUGUUGUGUUUAGGGUGGAAGCUGCUGAUUCUGGUGUCCCUCAUUCUCUGCGUGUGGGCUUUCCUCAGAAUCCAGCAGUAUUCUCAGUCGAUGGGUUCUUCUGCUUCGGUUGUUUUGCCGAGGAGAACUCGUGUUUCGGACUAUCAUUUCAGGGGCGAUCCCAAAAUCGCGUUUCUGUUUCUGGUUCGGAAGAAUUUGCCUCUCGAUUUUCUCUGGGAAAGUUUUUUCGAGAAUGUGGACAAGGCAAAAUAUUCGAUAUAUAUACAUUCCGAGCCUGGUUUUCUGUUUGAUGAAUCUACUACAAGACCGAUCUUCUUUAACCGGCAGUUGAAAAAUAGCAUUAAGGUAGCCUGGGGAGAAGAGAGCAUGAUUGAAGCUGAGAGAUUGCUAUUUGAAGAAGCCCUUCAGGAUCCAGCAAAUCAAAGAUUCGUUCUCUUAUCAGACAGCUGUGUACCUUUGUACAACUUCAGCUAUAUUUACAACUAUCUGCAGAAUUCUCCAAGAAGUUUUGUAGACAGCUUUCUUGAUAAAAAAGAUGUUCGCUACAAUCCAAAGAUGUCACCAUUUUUACCCAAGAACAAGUGGCGCAAAGGAUCACAGUGGGUCACUUUAAUUCGAAGACAUGCAGAAGUUAUGGUAGAUGAUGAAAUUGUUAUUUCGAUCUUCAGGAGGUUCUGCAAGAGACGUCCACCAGAUGAUGAGAGUAAGGGCAAGAAGAAUCUUACAAUUUUGUUAUAAAUGCUUGUAAUGCCAAAUUAUUUUUCUUUUUGUUUAUAGAUGAAUGAUCUUGAAGCUGAGCUGGAAAGAAGAACAGUUACGUACACUUUAUGGAACCAGUCCAUGGGAAAUGCAGAAAACGAGGCAUGGCAUCCUUUUACAUAUAGCUAUGCAGAUGCAGGGCCUCAACAGAUAAAAAUAAUAAAGGAUAUAGACAAUGUAUACUAUGAAACGGAGUCCAGAAGAGAGUGGUGCAGUAAUAACUCUACAUCUGUUCCCUGUUUUGUAUUUGCGAGGAAAUUUUCUCAAGGAGCUGCCUUGCGCCUCUUAAGUCAAGGGAUAGUCGGUAACUUUGAUAUCUCUGCAUUAAUGGAUACACCGUGAUUUUUUCCGGGUCAUAAUCAUUAAAAAUAGUGGUUGGUGUUAUGCACAAAUCGUGUGAUAGUAACAAUUAAAGAUUACAUCAAAGUAGAGAGAGUAUUGUCUCUCAAAGUUUUGCAUGUGUCACAUUCAUGUCAAAAAAAAAAUAAGCAUGAUAUAUUAUGACUUGGAGAAGAUGAUUGUAUACAACAUAGGUUAGUGAAAAUAGUUUGAAGAUAUUAUUCUUUGGAACGAUUAUUGGUAAAUAUUAUCGAGUCUCGACACACACACACACACACAAACACACACACAUGUAUCUCUAGCUGCUGACGAAAGGGGAUAGAGCAAAUGGCAGCUGAUAAGGUAAUGUUAAAAUUUUGUUGGUACAUCUAAAAUUACAGGAAAACAGGGCCAAGAUAAAAAUCAAGAAAGACAUUGUGGAGGGAUCUUUCAAUUGAACCCUAUUCCUAGUAUUAGUAUAUGUUUUGUAAUUUAAUGCCAUUGGUUGUAAUCUAUCUCUAUCUCUAUCCUAUUAUACACACAUCACUAAGCUAUAAUAUUGAUUAAUUAGGUAAAGUAUGAUUGAUGUCUCUAUCAUGAAGAUUAUGAAUAUUCGGAAUAGUUCGCGC